AUGGUGCUGUUGUUAUCAGUUCUGUUAAUAAAAUUUGCGUUUUGUGAUGGUGCGAACAUUUUAUUUCUGGCCAUAACACCGCUGCACAGUCACCAGACAGCUUUAAGACCUGUGUACAUGGAGUUGGCCAGGCGGGGUCAUCAGAUGACGGUGGUUUCAUGUUUACAACCGAACGAAGUACACGAAAGUAUAACGCACAUAUAUUUGAAGCAGACUUUACACGGCCUCUCCCGGUUUUUAGAGGCCGAUAUGAAAGGCGCGGAUACACUGAAAUCCCAGCAAACUAGGACUUUUAAUACCGCAAAGGUCAUUUUAGAGUCCAUAUUGAAGGAUGAUAUGAGAGAACUGAUAAAGAGCGGAAGAAAGUUCGAUUUAAUAAUUACAGAAGCAUGUGUCAGAUUCUCGACAGUGUUUUCAGAAGUAUUCCAAUCACCAAUGGUGUUGAUAAGCACACUCGGAGGAAGUUUCGAUACCUUCCGUAUGGUCUCAUCACCGGAGCAACCGAUACUGUAUCCCAUUGGCAUCCGAAAGAGAUUCACAAAUUUAACAGAAAUGGAGAAAGUUGUGGAGACGUACCGACAUUUCGAUUUGCUUAAAUUGUAUUAUGAUAUGGGUGAAUUUGAUGAGGAGGUGGUGAGAAAGUAUUUGGGUGAUGACUUUCCAUCAAUACACGAAAUAAAUAAUAAUAUAGAAUUGAUUAUGUUAAAUUUACAUCCGUUGUGGGAUUCCAAUCGACCAGUACCGUCUAAUGUGAUAUAUCUAGGUGGCUUGCAGUUACAGGAGCAUAAAGAAUUGUCACAGGACUUACAUACUAUACUGGACGAAUCAGAAAGAGUGAUCUUUAUGAGUUUUGGAAGUAGCGUGCGUUCGUCUAUACUGAAUCGCAUGAAAAUUGAUAUGUUUUUGAAGGUCCUGUCAGAGCUACCAUAUACAGUGAUGUGGAAAUGGGAUACGGAAGUGGAAAAUUUACCGAAAAACAUUAUAGUUAGGAAGUGGUUCCCCCAGCGUGACUUACUGAGACACCCCAAAAUAAAGCUCUUCAUCACGCAAGGUGGUCUUCAGUCCGUGGAUGAAUCCAUAGAUGCCAGAGUGCCAAUGGUGGGCGUGCCAAUACUUUGGGAUCAAUUUUACAACGUGCAUAAAAUUGCUGAACUCCAAAUUGGUGUCAUGUGCGACGUCCAAACAGUUUCUGAAGAACAAUUCAGAAAUGCUGUCGUAGAUGUACUAACAGAUAAAAGGUACCGCAUCAACAUAAAUAAACUACGAAAUGUCAUGAAUGAAAAGCGACAGAGUUCCCUGGAGAAAGCAAUAUGGUGGAUUGAAUAUGUUGCACAACACAAGGGCGCCAAGCAUUUGCGAUCACCGGCUUUUAAUAUGAGUAUCAGAGAGUAUUAUGAACUUGAUUUGGUGUUAUCUGUAAUACUGUUGGUUAUAAUUUUAAUGUUCCUUGUUAUUCGGUUUAUAAAAUAUUGUUGUGUCUUGUGUAUAGGUGUUAGACGUGAUACAAAAGUGCGUUUAGAUUAA